AUGACCCAGACCCUCCAUAAAAGGGGGGCCCCUCUGAACCUGGGCGGCGGCUGGGCAUCCUCCACUCCAUGUCGCACCUGGUCCUCCUGCCACCGAAGGCGCAGGGGCACCCCUGUCUACAAGCGGCGGCAACACUACGGCCCCAAGUCUGAGCAGGAGCCCCAGAGGAAGCAGCCGAAGCCACGGUACGGCCCGGGCCCUUGGUUCCAGCCACCCCAAAGCCCUUACUGGAGCAUGUACUCUAACUGGGGGUGCUGGGGAGGAGGGCCCUGCUGCCCGCCUCCCAUGGGGUACCGGGAGCCCCCCAGCCCUGGGCUGGUGGCCCGAAUGUAUGGGCUGCACCCAGUCUGCCUCUGCUGCUGCUUCUGCUGGCGUGGGCCCUGGAACCCCGGCUGGGCGAGGGCCCCUGUCCGCAAGAAGCGCUGGGGCCGCAGGGGCCGAGGCCUGCGCCGCCAACCCAGCCGCCCGGCCCCGAAGAGCCUGGCCGAGGAGGCGAGCCCCCUGCUACAGCCGGUCAACCUGUACGGGUGGCGGCGGGCGCCCGGCCUGCAGGCGCCCCGCAACACCACCCAGUUCAUCAUGAACCAGAUCUAUGAGGACAUGCAGCAGCAAGAGAAGCUGGAGCGCCAGCAGGAGGCGCUGCGGGCUCAGCAGGCCCAGGAAGGUGGGAACGACGUGCCUCCUCCCAGUGGCGAGGAGGAAGACGCAGAGCUGCAGGACGCUUUGUACGGCUUUGGGCAGGAUCCCUCUCUGGCCUUCAGUCCUGCCCUGGAGGAAGAGGAAAACCAUUUCCCGGCCCCACAGCUGGUGGAGGAAGAGGAGGAGAAGUAUGAUGAUGAUGACUGUGAUGAGGAGGAGUGUGAUGGGAAAGAGGAAGAGAGUGAGGAAGAGGAGAGUGAGGAGGAGGAGGAGGAGGAUGAAGAGGCAGAGGCCCAGGAUGAAGAGGAGGGGGAAGAGGUGGAGGAGGUGGUGGUGGAGGAGGAAGCAGAGGAAAUGGAAGAGGAGGAGGAGGGGCUAGAAGAGGAGGAGCAGAAAGAGGAAGAGAAUCAUUUGCCUCUGGAAAUGCCCUUAUCAUUCCUGAUGGCUGAGGAGGAGAGAGCGAACUUCAUAGAUUGUUCUACUUUAAGCCCAGAAUAG